CAACAAUUCUUUUCAGCUCAGCAACUUUCCAUAUAUAGACUUAGACUUGUCUGAAGCUCCAUGCAUUGCUAGAAGCUCAAUUUAAAGAACCACUUGAAAGACUUGUGGUGAGAGUCAACAGGGUGCAAAUAUGGGCUCACCAACUUUCCACAUAGCAAUGUACCCUUGGUUUGCCCUUGGCCACCUUACACCUUUCCUCCACCUUUCCAACAAACUAGCCAAGAAAGGUCACAAAAUCUCAUUCUUAGUCCCAAGCAAAACACAAUCAAAGCUCCAACCAUUCAAUCUCCACCCAAACCUCAUCACCUUCAUCCCCAUCACCGUCCCUCACGUCCCCAACCUCCCUCCCGGUUCCGAAACCACUUCAGACGUCCCAUACCCUCUCCAGUCCCUCCUCAUGACUGCCAUGGACAACACCGAGCACGACAUUGAAAACCUCCUCCGAACCCUCCAAGUCGACGUUGUUUUCUUCGAUUUCACUCACUGGAUGCCCGCUUUGGCUCGCCGAUUAGGGAUCAAGUCGGUUCACUACUGCAUCAUCCGUCCUGCUACAAUUGGCUACACAUUGACCCCAGAAAGGCAACUUCUAGGCAGAGAAUUAACCCAUGAAGACCUAAUGCAACUCCCUGCUGGGUAUCCGGUCCAUUCGAUCAACCUCAAUCCGCACGAGGCUCGGGCCUUUGCUGCCAGACAUGCUAUGCAGUUUGGUAACAACUCGCGGUUCUGCGAGCGACAGUUUGUCAGUUUAAGCCAAUGCGACGCGUUAGGGUUCAGGACUUGUCGGGAAAUCGAAGGGACCUAUUGUGAUUACCUGGAAUCCUAGUUGGGAAAGCAUGUUUUGCUUUCCGGACCUGUUAUUCCAGAGCCACCUACUUCACCUUUGGAAGAAAAAUGGGCUACGUGGUUGGGCCAAUUCGAGCCCCGUUCUGUUACUUAUUGUGCAUUUGGAAGUGAGUGUAAUUUAAAAAUGAACCAGUUCCAGGAAUUGGUUUUGGGUUUGGAGCUUUCGGGUUUGCCCUUUUUGGCCGCUUUGAAGCCGCCAAUUGGGUCAGAUUCGGUGCAAGCUGCAUUACCCGAAAAGUUUGUGACCCGAGUCGAACAAAGAGGGAUAGUACAUGGGCGUUGGGUCCAGCAACAGUUGAUUCUAGAACAUUCUUCUGUGGGUUGCUUUAUUACCCAUUGCGGGUUGGGUUCGUUACCCGAAGCGCUGGUGAACACGUGUCAGUUGGUGCUGCUGCCAAAUGUUGGGAAUCAGAUUAUUAAUGCUAGGAUGAUGAGUAGGAAUUUGAAGGUUGGAGUGGAGGUUGAGAAAGGAGAAGAUGGAUUGUUUACUAGGGAGAGUGUGUGUAGAGCAGUGAGGGUUGUAAUGGAUGAAGAGAGUGAGAUUGGGAAGGAGGUGAGGGAGAACCAUGGAAAGAUGAGAGAGUUCUUGUUGAACAAAGAUUUGGAGUCCUCUUAUAUUGAUGACUUCAACAAGAAAUUACAUGGCUUGCUUUGAUGAUAAUUUGGGAAGUUUGGUUGCUCCUAGGAUUGAAAAUGUGUGGACGCUUAAACAAUUUCUUGUAAUUUUACCCAGAAUAACAAAGUGGGGUUGAUUUUAAAUAAAAAUGUGUGAUUCAACAGGUA